CAUCCACAGCUCCUCUCUCUCUCUCUCUCUCUCUCUCACACACACACACACACACACACACGAAGUUUUAUUUAUCUGCUGGAUCUUUUUUGUUCAUGUUUUGUGUGGUUAUAGUGAACUUUGGUAUUAGGAAAGGAAAAUGAAGGGGGAAAGUGGGUUGAUGAUCUGGGUUCGGUUCUAGCUAGCUAGUUUCUUUGUCUCUCCUUUUCUUUCUCCUUGUUUCUUUUGAGCUAUCAAAAAAAGCUUGUCCCUUUGGUUGAAGCCAAACAAAGAAGAAACCAUCAAGGUGAAUGAUGCUAACAGCUAGCUGGCUUAUCGAAGUAAGAGAAGAAAGAUGAUGAAAAGUUUGAUGUUUCAUCAGCAACAGCAACAAAUACUACAAGAGGAAAAUAUGUCUAAUUUGACUUCUGCUUCUGGUGAUCAAGCAAGUGUUUCUUCAGGCAACAGAAAUGAAACUGACACCAACUACGGAGUUCAGCAAUACUUGGCUCCUCCAGCUCAAACCCAGCCUCCAGUCAAAAAGAAGAGAAACCUACCAGGAAAUCCAGACCCAGAUGCAGAAGUGAUAGCUUUGUCACCCACGACUUUGAUGGCGACAAAUAGAUUUCUGUGUGAGAUCUGCAACAAGGGGUUUCAGAGAGAUCAGAAUCUUCAGCUUCAUAGAAGAGGGCACAACCUGCCAUGGAAGCUGAAGCAAAGAACAAGCAAGGAGGUAAGGAAGAAGGUGUAUGUGUGCCCGGAACCAAAUUGUGUACACCAUGAUCCAUCAAGGGCUCUUGGGGACCUGACAGGAAUCAAGAAGCAUUUUUGCAGAAAACAUGGUGAGAAGAAGUGGAAAUGUGUCAAGUGCUCAAAGAGGUAUGCAGUUCAAUCAGAUUGGAAAGCUCACGCCAAGACCUGUGGCACUAGGGAGUACAGAUGUGACUGUGGAACUCUUUUCUCAAGGAGGGACAGUUUCAUUACUCACAGAGCUUUCUGUGAAGCUUUAGCGGAGGAGAGUGCAAGGGCUAUAACAGGAGCACCAGGCCAAUUUCUUUCCACACAACCUGGUUCUUCAACUCAUCCCCGUAUCAAUCUUCAAGUGCCCCAAUUCAGUGGUCAAGACCUUCAUGCGUUUUCACUUAAAAAAGAGCAGCAAAGUAGUUUUCGUUCAAGGCCAGAUUUCCCACCAUGGCUAGCAUGCCCACCAGGACUAGGGGGUACUGGCCCACCACAUCAACAAACACCCAUUGAUCUUCUGUCUUCCUCAUCCUCACCAUCAAUCCUCUCAACAAGGCUAGGUCAAGAGUUCACGCCAACCCAUCAAGAUAUGAGUCCAAACCCUAACCCUAGUCUUGGCCCCACUCUACCACAGUACCCUUCAGGACCAUCCCCACACAUGUCAGCCACUGCAUUGCUGCAGAAAGCAGCUCAGAUGGGUGCAACCGUGAGCAGCAAAACUACUGGCUUGAUGAGACCCCACCACCACCAACAGCAACAAGAACAAGCUCACGUGUCUGCUAAUGCUGAUAACGUUUCAAAUACAAACACAGCUGUUUUUGGUCUGAAUUUGUCCUCACGUGAAGAACUGGCAAGUGGUGGCUUGUUUUUCAGUGGCUUGGCUCCUUUUGGGAAUAAAGCUGGACCUACAGUUCCCUCUGGUGCUAGCAGUACUGGUGCACCCCCCUCAGGUGCUCUUAUUGAAGACAUGAUGAGUUCUUUAUCUUCUGCUUCUGGGUUUGAAGGGACUUCCCUUGAAGAUGCAUUAGUUAGUGGAGUUCUGAAUUCAAAGAAGGAUGUUAAUUUCAGCUACUCGCUCUCUAAAACAAGAAGAAAUGGCAAUGGGGGUGGCAGUAGUGGUGGAAAUGAAGGCUUGACUAGAGAUUUCUUGGGCCUCAGACCCCUAUCUCACAGUGAUAUACUCAGUAUGGCAGGUCUUAAUAAUUGUGUUAAUACCUCCCAUGAGCAACAGAUUCACAAACCAUGGCAAGGUUAGCUCUUAUGUGGAAUUUCCUUUAGCUCUAUAGUUUCGAUGAUGUCCCCUCUCCCUCUCUCUUUCUGUCACAUUUUUUUCCUUUAAAAUUGUCCCAAAGGGAAGGACAUCUCCUGAAGUUACCACAGUUCAAUGUCUUAUAUUUUCAGGAUU